AGAAAGUCCACACCCCUGCACACACACUCACACAGCACACUCAUGCCCAUGCUUACAGUAGCGUUUGAACUCUCAUAAGAGCUGCCGUGAUACUUGGAUCAACUUCCUGGCGCAGAUCUUUUUACAUACCUGCCUUGGAGGAUGGAUAAACCAUCAUCGGAACGUGAGAAAGAGACUUGACCUGGAGAUAUCUGUGGCAUAAGAGUUUGGGAUGACUUCAGACAAAGACUUCUCUGCUGAUUGUGAGAUUCAUAAGGAGUGGCUGCUGUGGUUCCUCAACAUUUGGAGCAUUAAAGACAGGAAACCAAGUGGCUGGGAGGUGGUUUGGACUUCAUAGCCUUUUACAGCAACAAUGGACCUGACUUUGUGGCAGUACCAGUUCAGGAUCAUCAUGCUGGGGGACUCCACGGUGGGGAAAUCGUCUCUGCUGAAGCGUUUCACUGAAAACUUGUUCCUUGAGUCCAUCAACCAGACAGUGGGUGUGGACUUCUACGUUCACUUCCUGGAGGUAGAGCCGGGCGUGCGUGUGAAGCUGCAGUUCUGGGACACAGCUGGACAGGAGAGGUUCAGGUCUGUGACCCGUUCUUAUUACCGCAACUCGGUCGGAGGCCUGCUGGUGUUCGACAUGACCAACAGAGCCUCCUUCGACCACGUGAAGGAGUGGCAUGCUGAGGUGUGUGAGCGAGUGCAGCCUUACAGGGUUCUCUUCAUCCUGGUGGGCCAAAAGAGUGACAUAGAUGCUGAGGGGGGGAGGGUGGUGAGUCGGGAAGAGGCCGAGAAACUGGCCAAACAGCUCGGGGUGCCCUAUGCUGAGGUCUCUGCAAAGACAGGCCAAAACGUGAAGGAGGCCUUCGAGCUGCUCACUCGGCGGGUCUACCAGGGUCUGAUGAGCGGAGAGGUAGAAAUGCUAGAGGGCUGGGAUGGAGUCAAGUGUGCUACUCCACAGUCCCUGCAGGCACAGAGAGCCCACCUGGCACAGGCUGACACGCCACCCAGGAAUACCAAGAAAUGCUGUUAAUAAACUGUCGACUAAACUGGUGCUUAGCCAUUUGGACUCUUGUUACUGAACCCAAAACCUGCCCACAGGAAACUGGAUUAAUUGGGGAUUUUGACCGUAAUAACUGGACCCUCGUGAAAAAAUUAUUUGACAUCUCUGAAAUUAGCAAAGUUUUGACUUCGGGAGAAAAAAAGUGUAAUGAUGGUUUUUUUUAGAAAUGAUGUGAUCUCUCACAUUGAUCCGAACUAAAACACCUUUUAAACUUAAAAUCUAUGAGAUGGAUUGCUGUGACAUUUGCAGACACGUGUCGUGGGUAAUAAGAGGACUGAACUCUUCUGAGUUUAAGAAAUCCUCUUGUUUGUCAUAGGACCCCCGGCAGGAUGACACAUUUACUGCUGUCAGUUACUGACUCUUCAUUUCGCCCUAUCAUUAAGCCAAAAUUGCCAUUUUCAAUAGUUGUUAAACAGCUGCACUUAGUGUGAAGAGCUGAUUGGUGGGUGUUUGUAUUCUAAUGCGCUGAACAACAAUGUACCAGGAUAAUAUUACAUGCUGGCCAUCGGCCUGUUACAGGAAGCUCAAAGUGCUUCACAAGCACCUUAGCUUUGGACUUAAGCAUUGUUUAUUGCAAAAAAAAAUGUGCUUUUGUAUUUAUUAGACUUUGAAAAAGUCCACAAAGAGGUUAACGAUUGUGUGUAAGAUUCUUGGCAAGACUUGUACGUACUAAUUAAAUCAUUGCAUGUCUUGGUUUAGACAGGGGGCAGCAUCAUAUUCAUCAUUACUUUUAAUCUACAAGAAUUGUACACACUUAAAUCCUCUGACGCAGAUUUUUGGACCCUAAAACCUGCCAGUGAAUCAUUUCUUGUGCAUGUGGCUCCCACUGCUAUUUUUCUCCUAACAGCCAUAAACUGCUCAGAACUUCUCUCCUCACUUUGGUCGUUACUCGUCAAGGUCAUUGGUUUAUUUCUGGGAGUCACAAAAAUAAGUUUCGUGACAACUUUACAAAAACAAAAAAUCAAUCUCUUUCCUGGUUUCAGUACAUCAGAGGGCAGUCCUUGUAUAUAUUGUUCUGUCAAAGGUUGGUGGAAGUUAAAGUUCGGGGUCCCCUAGUUGACAUUAUAGAAACAUCAUUCCAGGCCUCUAUGUGAAUUUAUGGUUUUGGCCUGAGUGUUUGUCUUAAAAAGGCUUUUUUGUAUUACUAAUAAUUGCACAAUAUCCUGCAAGUGAAGUGAGUGUUUCUGUGUGCUGUCGCUGAAAUUAAAAUAAAAACUCUGGGGCACUUUUGGAAAAUGUUCUUCAGAAUUAAUGUGGCUGGUUUCCAUAGCAAUUACUGUUCAUCUCACAAAUAUAAAGCCUCUUGUAUUUCUGCAACCAAAACAGACAGUUGGUACAGAAGGCUGUCUCUUGACUGGAAGGUCAGAGGUUCGAUCCCCGGCUCCUGAAGCUACACGUACGAUCCAAUUAACCCCAAUUUGCUCCUGCUGCUUCGUCGGCUGCAUAUGUGUGUGAAUGGAUUAGUUAAUACUGAUGGUCACUUCACAGACCUGCCUUCACUCUGUUUUAUGAGUUGGUGUGAAUGUGUAACCUGCGGUGUAAACGCGCUUUGAGUAGUCAUGAGACUAGAAAAGCUCUAUACAAGCUCAAGUCCAUUCACAAUGUUGUAUUGCUACUGAAAGACCCUCAGUCUGAAGGUUCCCCCACAGGUUAACCUUUGUGUCUGUAGACUGGAUCCCCUC